UCCCGCAACCCUUCGAGCGGGACUUUGGUUCAUAGACUGUAAAUAGACCGCUGAAACAAGAAGUUUUUAUAACUUUCUCAAAUAGCCACUUUAUGUUUACCGGACAUGGCGUUUCAGGUUGAAGCGGAUUUGCCACCUGGCCUUGCAUGUCUGAAAAGUGUUGAGACCCUGCUUCGGUGUCCGAUUUGCUUUGACUUCCUCAAUAUCUCAAUGAUGACAAAAUGUUCUCACAACUUUUGCUCGUUGUGCAUCCGAAAAUUUCUUUGCUACAAGUUACAGUGUCCACUUUGCAAUACACAAGCAACAGAAGAAGAUCUAAGAAACAACCGUUUAUUGGAUGACCUGGUUGUAAACUUUCAAGCCGCAAGGCAGCAGUUGUCAAAAGUAACUUUUGACUCACCUCCAAUAUCGCCAAAGACCCCAGCUUCAGCUGUCAAGUGUAAAACUCCCAGAGCGAGCGGCCAGAAGUGUAACAGCUCCGUUCUGAGUCACUUUUUCCAAAAGAAACCCAAAACAUCUCCCGCUAAAGAAACCCAGCAAGAUGGUUCUGUCUCUCAGUGCGUGGAGCGGGGGAAAGUACAGACUGCACGCACCCACAGCGCAAAUGAUGCCAACCUGCAUUCGGCAACUUCUCAGCAUAAAGUGGUUGUGAAGGAAGAGCCGAUGGAUGUGGAGGAGGCAUCUGUCCAGACUUUGAUGCCAGUCAAACAGGAGCACACAGCCUCACACAGCAUGGGCGCCAGGGCUGAGACAGCACAUUCCUCUUCACCAAAAGACGUAAAGCCUGUAAUGAAAGUGGAGUGUCCUGUGUGUUCUGUCAGUGUGUCGCAGCAGUUUAUCAACACGCAUCUGGACACAUGUCUUACCAGUGGAGAGAAGAAAGAAAGCUUGAGGAGCUCCCUUAGCAAGGCGAGGCGUCCGAUGGCCAAACUGGUGUACAACCUACUUUCCAUGCAGGAGCUGAAGAGGAGGCUGAAGGAAUGCCACCUCUCAAUGCAGGGCUCUCGAGACCAGCUGAUCAAAAGACACCAGGAGUUUGUGCACAUAUACAAUGCCCAGUGUGAUUCCCUAAACCCAAAAUCAGCUGAAGAAAUUGCCAAAGAAGUGGAGGCCAACGAGAAGAUCAGGAACCAACUUCAGGGGAAAGCCAAACCUGUCAUGGUUUUCACAAAGAAACAGACUGAGAAGGAAAUUGAAGAGAUGCAUUCAAAUUAUAGAAAGCAGCACAGCAGCGACUUUUCCCGCCUGAUUGCGCAGGUCCGGGGUCGACUAGAGACCACCAAGCAGACUCGUAUCAAACAGGAAGUCAUUGCAGAGGGAGAGGAUGUAGAAAAGACACCAUCUGCAGAUCAAGUUGCCGAAUCGAAGAGGUGCUUAGCGGUGAAGGAAGAAGAUGGAGACAGUGACGAGGAGCCAUCAGCAAGAGGGAUUGCAUUGUCACCCAGCUCCACUUACAGUGAUGUAUCCAUCAGCAGUUCAAUUUCUGACAUCUUUGGCCCAGAGCCUGCCAGCAGCCUUGAAGACACUGAGAGGACCUCAGGCCAAAAGCGAACAUCCAGCUCUAGAGGAGGAGACGACACCGCUUCAUCUUCCUUUCUGGGAAAACGUCAGCGUAAAACGUAAGGAGAGAUGGAGGAUGGGGAGGGAGAGAGCAAGAAAGAUUCAGUACCAAUUCAGUACCAAUAAGACUUUCAAGUAUAUCAAGAAAUUAUUUUUAUGCACAUUUCUCUCUGGUAUUUCUUUAUUCUUUAUUUUUCAGAAGUUGCACUCCUUAAUGCAUUUGCCUUGGUAUGAAUAAAUUUUGAGUAUUUUAACAUAUUUUGUAGUCCUGUGAUCAUGAGGCUCUCUGUAUUUCAUCAGGUUACUUCAGCAGUGAGGGAACUAUGAAUCAAUACUUAAAUAAUUUUCUACAACACUGUCUAGUGAGGUAAAGGAUUUUGUUUCCAUGUUUAGAAGAUUAGAAGCAAUUUUGUUUUAAAGUAGACAUAAGCAGACGGAAACAUAAUUUCUACUUGAAGCCGAUGUCCAGGUCAGUAUCCAGUUUUCUGUUGUUGCUUGUAAUUUUAGUUCACAUUAAGUUGUUGCUAUUUUUUCCCUAAAUCCAUUGUGUCUUUGUAACAUGCUUUAAGGUCCUUUGUAAAAUGCAGUUAAACUGAAAUAAUCUUGUAGGGGCAACUAGUCAUUUUUCAUGUGAACUCUUUGGGUUACAUAAUAGAUGUAUCUUCCAACAUUAGUGGCCCAUGUAGUCCCAAAUAGAUGUUGAAAUUUUUGCACAGUGUGCAGAGUUAAACUUUUGGACUUUGUUGCUCUGGUGAAACUGUUGAAUUAGCAGCUGUAUAAACAAUCCCCAAAAAUGCAUAAAUAUGCUCUUUUUUUCCCUACAAAAUCACUAGAUGCCUGUCUGUUUGCUAACCUAUCACCUCCAUCUUCAAGAAUUUCCCUCAUAUUUGGCUCAUUGUUUGGCCGACUCAGAUUAGGAGCUCA